AACUUUUUGCUCCAUGUUACGUCAUUGGGUGGCUCAAAGAUGGCCGAGUCGGAGGAGGAGGUGGACGUCUUGGUCCAGAGAGUUGUCAAAGACAUCACCAACGCCUUCAAGAGAAACCCCAACAUUGACGAAAUCGGCGUGAUCCCGUGUCCGGAGGCCCGCUACAACCGCAGUCCCAUCGUGUUGGUGGAGAACAAGCUGGGCGUGGAGAGCUGGUGUGUCAAGUUCCUCCUGCCGUCCGUUCACAACAAGCUGCUGCUCUACCGCCAGCGCAAGCACUGGCUGGACAGGGAAGCGUUAGCGGAUAUCACCUGCACCCUGCUGCUGCUGAACCCGGACUUCACCACCGCAUGGAAUGUCAGGAAGGAGCUGCUGCAGUGCGGAGCGCUGAGCCCAGAGAAGGACCUCUACCUGGGCAAACUGGCCCUCACCAAAUUCCCCAAGAGCCCAGAGACGUGGAUACACCGACGCUGAGUGCUGCAGCAGUUCUUGCUUCAGUCUUCAGGCCGCAGCCAGAAGGAUCCGCAGAGAGAAGAGGAGCGAGACGAUGGCGAGCAGAGCCGGCGGCUCAACGACCAGCUGGCCAGGACGCUCCAUCAGGAGAUGAAGGUGUGAUCCGACGCCGCCUGCCGCUACCCCAGCAACUACAACGCCUGGUCCCACCGCAUCUGGGUGCUGCAGCACAUGGCCACGGGCAACGUCAAGGUGUUCCACGAUGAGCUGUCCUCCACGCGCCUCUGGGUGUCCAUGCACGUGUCGGACCACAGCGGCUUCCACUACCGUCAGUACCUCCUCAAGGAGCUGAUCGCCGAGCUCUCUCAGGCUGCAGCUUCCACCACCACCACCACCACCUCCACCGGUGUACUCCAGCACAGGUGCAGCACAGUCGCCGGCAUCAGUCCCCCGCACCACGACCAAGCUAACGGGGAGGAGGCGGGUGAGGACGGCAGGCAGCUCAGCUCCACCGCGCUCCUUCAGCUCUUCCACCAGGAGGUGGAGCUGUGCACUGACCUCAUCCAGUCCUUCCCCGGCCACGAGACGCUUUGGAGCCACAGGCGGCACGUCUACUACCUGUGGCACGACUGGAGGAGGGAACACAAACAUCAGUGCCACCGUGGCAGCAACGGAGGCAGCGAGCCGGACCGUCUGGAGAACGGCGACGAGGGGCCGCUGAAGGCCUGCGCGCAAAGCCCUGCGGGCUUGGGGGAGGACGGUGUGAAUGGACAGAGACAUGCCGGCGAAGCUAUGGAGGUGGACGGGGCGUCCCUGCCGGACCCCCGCAACAGCAAGCGACUGAAGCGGGGCGCCCUGCCCCCUGGCGCUCCCGCCCUGCCCUCCGAGCACGGCUUCGUGAGCGGGAUCCUAGACAGCGACUGUGACCCCGAGCAGAGACGUUUCGCCCUGGCGUACAGGAAGUGGUUGGACACUGUCAUCGUUCAACAUCCUUGAGCGGUAGAGAGACAGGUAGUCCCCGUCUGUCUUUCUAACCUGUAAGUUGCCUUUAGACGCCGAUUUAGGAUGAGCUUACCUACCUGUAGCGCUAACUUAUAACUCCUCAUGCUUCGGCUGCGGUGCUGACUUCAGAAAGCGGCCAGCGGGGCGCCGCGGGUCCUGUCCCCGUUCUCCUGACAGUGGGCAAAGAGGACGGGGUCCUGGAGAACAAAGACGUCGUUCGGUGACAAAAACAUCUGGAGCUUUACCUGAGCCAGUGCCCCCUUCAGAAUGGAAACAAACGGACCCUAAAGGCAAAAGGCUCCGAUUCGCUUCUCAUUGAGGAGGCUCAAUGCCUCAGGUCAACUCGCCACUGCAUUUUCUUGUCUUUGUAAUAUCUGUUCUAAUAUCUCAGCAGAGAAUCCAGAUACGGCUGCCAUAGGAGGAGGCGUGUUGACUUUGUGGAGGAGAAUUUAUGCCCAAAAGUACAGUUUCUAAAAACCCCAACAGAUGACAUAAAAAUGUAAAGGGUAUUUCAGCUAGUGAAGGAAAAAUGGAUUCCAAAUUGUUAAUAUGAAAGUGAUCAGGUAUAGUUUCACAGUAAUGGGGCGAUUUGAAAUAAUCUACAUUCUAUUUUUUUUAGUCCCACAUUAUUUUCUUGUGUUUUAUUGGCCCUUUGGAGUUAAUAGCAAAUAUUAUAAUACAUCAAAGAUGAACACCGCCCUAAAGAAGUAAACCUUGAUCAAUAUUUGGGGCCAUGAGCUGCACUCUCAAACUUGAGAUGUCAUCAAGUAUAAAGUCUGGACAAUGAAUGGGAGACUGAUUUGCUUUUUUUUUUUUUUUCAUUAAUUUAUUUACCCUAGUGACUGUAAUUCCAGCUGCUUCUCAACCACUUGGUGGAUUCUAUUAAAAAUAUAAUUCAU